CCAAGCGAAGCCGCUAACCACCAAGCCAGAAGAGGAAGGCGGAAUCGACGGCGACGGCGACGGCGAUGGCGAUGGCUGCCGCGCGGCGGCACAUGCUGGCGAUCUGCGCGCUGCUGCUGCUCGGCGCGGCGGCCGCCCGGUCGAGGGGGGCGCGCGUGGCGGCGGCCGUGGGGAGGAAGCAGCGGGAGUUCGACUACUUCGCGCUGGCGCUGCAGUGGCCGGGCACCAUCUGCGCCUCCACCCGCCACUGCUGCGCCGUCAACGGAUGCUGCCGCUCGGAGCCUCUCCAGACGUUCACGAUCCACGGGCUGUGGCCGGACUACGACGACGGGACCUGGCCGGCGUGCUGCCGCCACACAAACUUCGACAUGGACAAGAUAUUGCCCCUGAAGCCGACGCUUGACCAGUACUGGCCUUCCCUGUACUGCUCAUCAUCCUCCACUUGCUUCAGUGGCAAGGGGCCCUUCUGGGCUCAUGAGUGGGAGAAACAUGGAACAUGCUCAUCCCCUGUAGUUAAUGACGAAUUGGAGUACUUCUCCACUGCUCUUGACCUCUACUUCAAAUAUAACGUCACAGAAAUGUUGGCAAGCGGUGGUAUCCAUAUUUCAAAUGGUGAACAAUAUGCACUGACUGAUGUCAUCGAUGCCAUCAAAUGUGCUUUUGGGGCCUCACCUCAAAUUGUUUGUAAGAAGGGCUCAGUUGAAGAACUGAGGUUGUGCUUUGACAAAGAUUUGAAGCCCCGUGAUUGCCUUACUACUACCUCUACAAAUGGUAACUUAUCGAAGACAAAGCAUUGCCCUCGAUACAUCACUCUGCCAACAUAUGAUCCCCUAGUGCUUUCUAAUUCUACUCGGGAGAUCAUAGCACAAGUCGAAAGUGAGGUCUACGGAUAUCUUUACACAUCCUAACAUACAAUUAGGACGAUGGAUCGAAUGGCCAUGGUGAGGCUGUUCCGUAGUUUGGUGCUCUAGCUGAUUAAGACGAUAAUAUACUCGCAUAGCUCCUGGGGCCAGCACUGAGAUCCAUGGAAAUGUAUCUCUACAUUACUCAAUUAUCAUUGUAAACAUUACACGCCUGAAACGGAGAAUUUGAUUGUAUCUAAAAAAAUCAUUGCUUGCUUUAUGUACUCUGGAAGGUUGUACAAUAGUUCGUCCAUGUAUAUGUAUAUAGUAUACGCAUUCCCUGACUCGUGUGGGUCAUCUACAAAUGCAGUUCGCUACAUCG